CAAAAAGAGAGAAAAAUAAAAAUAUCUUCUUUCAAAUCUCCAAAAACCCACCUCAAAACCAGCCUAUUUUUUCACAUUAACAAUACUUCAACUUGCAUAUCUUUUUCCUUUCUUUCCACAUUUUCCCCCCUAUAAAUUGGUUAAAUUAACCAAUGAAAUAAACAAAAUUAUUCUCUUUUUUCAUGAUUAAUAAUGAGGGUUAAGAAAAAAUGUGAGCUUUGUAGCAAUCUUGCUACAAUAUAUUGUGAAUCAGAUCAAGCAAUUUUGUGUUAUGAAUGUGAUUCAAAGGUUCAUGGUGCUAAUUUUCUUGUUGCUAAACAUUCAAGGAUUCUUCUUUGCCAUGUUUGUCAAUCUCCUACAAUUUGGUCGGGUUCCGGGCCCAAGUUCGGGCCUACAGUCUCUGUUUGCCCUCCAUGUCUUGUUUCUAAACCGGGUGUUGCAAGAAAUCAGCUACAUAGAGAUGUAAAUAAUAAUAGAACUACUACUACCCAUCAAGAAGAAGAAGAAGAAGAAGAAGAUGAUGAUGAUGAUGAUGAUGAUGUUGAUGAUGAUGAUGGUGAUGACGAUGAUGAUGAUGAUGAUGAAGAUGGCAAUAAUGGUUUUCAUGACGAUGAUGAUGAAGAAAAUCAAGUUGUUCCAUGGUCAUAUUCAGCGUCACAUCCACGGUGAAAUGUAUAGAUCAGUUAGGUGAGAAAAUAUCAAUUAGAGUGAUUCUAUGUAUUGUUAUGUAUGUCUGUUUAAAUUUGUUACAUUUAAAGAAAAAAAAAACAAAUAUUGUUCUUGGUUAUGUGUUCUACACUGUUAAUUAUAGGGUUAACGCAGUUGAUUAAUCUGCUUUGUGUUCUGUUUACUCUUGCUUAAUUCUCUUGUUUUGAAUGAGUUUUUAUUUUUAAUGUUAAAUUUGAUAAAAUU